AUGCCCAACGACGACCUCCCCAUCGCGCUGCGGCGCACACGUCGGAGCUUGCCUGGGACGACUGCCACCGCGGCUUCGUCAACACAACCACCACCGCCGCCCCCCGUGGCAUCACAAGCCGCCCAUAAGAAGACCCCGAAGCGCCGAGUACGCUUCUCGGACCCAGGACCCUCCGCCUCGACACCACGCACAACCACCCGCGCCUCCUCCUCCUCCACCGGCCUCACACCCAUGAUCAACCGCGCGUCUCUCGGCCGCCACACGCCAUCCAGCUCCCGCCGUCGCUCCACCACGCCCUCAGCAAGCGGCGGCGCCGCCCCGCGCCCGACGACGGACCUACCCGCCAGCGGCGAGGUCCACUUCCUGCCCCUCCGCCAGGUCCUCUCGGGCCGCGUCCAGCGACGCAUCCGCCGCAACGGGCUCAGCGAGGAGAUGAACGCCAUUGCCUCCGAGCGCCGCCGCGCCGCCAAGGACGCCCAGGCCGAGGUCGAGCGCCUGCGCCGCGACCUCCGCCAGAAGGACGCCGAGAUCUACGAGCUGCAGAACGCCACCGUCGUCCUCGACACCGAGCGCAUCUGGGCCCUCGAGCAGGAGGUCGAGUCCCUGCGCGCCCGGCUGGAGGACAGGUCUCCCGCGGCGAGGGAGGAGGGGCGGAACUGCUUCGACUGGACGCUCGCGGCGCGGGACCCCUUCGCCGACGACUUCAUGGAGACGGACACCGUCGAGGCCGAGUCCGUGUGCGGGGACCGCGGGGUCGUGCAGAUCGGCGACGAGACCGUCUUCGGCGACGCGACGAUGGCGGAUAUCGUCUGCAGCACGCCCUCGCGGGUGCGGUCGUCCUUCCUGACGCCGCCGCUCACGAGCCCCGUCGCCGCGGGGCCGUCGACGCCCUCGUCUCGCAAGAGGGCGGGGGAAGCCCACCCGCUGUCGGACGCCGGCGUGCAGGCCGACCUCCCGGACCCGGAGAAGCGGCGGCUCGACGAGGACGUGGCGUCGCUGCGCCUCGAGGUCUCGAAGCUCACGGGCACCCUCGAGUCCUACUCCGCCCUCACCGACCGUCUAUCGGAGAAGCUCUCGUCGGUGACGCCGCUCGAAACCUCAGCCGACCCCUUGGCGACGAUCGAGUCGCAAGUCGCCGCCCUCCUCCGCACGGUCUCGGACCGCACGGCGGCCCUCGUCGACCUCGACGCGUCCCUCGGCGCGCUGGGCUUCCCCGGCGCCGACGCGUCCGAGGUCAUCGCCUCCCUCGCCUCGGCGCUGCGCACCGCCCGCCUGGAGCUCGAGUACCUCACGCCCGGCGAGAUCACGCUCCCUCUGUCCUCGACCUCCUCCUGA